ACGAAGCUUUCGACAUGGACCUUUCGGGCUUGAUUGUUAUAGGGGGGCUAGUUCUUGUUGCGGUGUUGCGGUAUCUCCUCAGGAGAUACAGCAACUUCAUCGUCGUCCGUGAACGUCGACAGGCGGGUGCAGCGUCACUUUCCAACCCCCAACUGAUGCCAGGACGAGCCGCGGAGCAGCGCCGGGAGGCCCUCAGUCAACUGUUCAGGACAGCGAAGCCGGCCGAGGACAUCCCACCAAUUCUCAUGGAGGAACUGGUGAGGAGGAUCAAGAAAGAGCCAGUGACCCCACCCCGCGCCCAGUCCAUGCCAGUGCUCACCCCGACCAAUUCAUGUCUUUGUAUACCUUACUUCAAAACUUUUUAGGCUCUCUCUUUCUCUCUCUCUCUCUCAAUUACAAAAAAUC